UUUGAAGUUGCUCCUUGAGAUUCAAAUGAGCUGUAGACAUCGCUGAGUACAAAGUAGUGGAAUAUGCAAAUUCUAUAUAUUGCGUGCCAUUUUCUUUCCUUUGAAAUAGAAUCGAUCGUUGACUUUUAAUCUUUUCUUUUCUGCACAACUACUGAUCGCUGCUUUGAUAAAAUUGGGCCGUCAACAGGAACCAAAGUGAUAAUUAUUCAUACUUAUCAUAAAAAGCUUGAUUAAUUUCUGUGGAAAAGGAAACUUCAUGUCGUCGAACGUAUAUUUGCACACCUUGCCAAAACAGAGGCGUUUCCAAGCUACAGAAUUUAAACAGCAGGGCAUUUUAGAGUGCGCAGUGCCUAUAUGUUUGAUAUUUGGCGAAAUUAGCGUCGCAGUCGAUUGGAAACACGACAGUAAAGACGAUGCGGAGAAACGGAACGAUUGAUAUAAAGGUUCAUUCAUCUGACGAAAGCAGUAGCAUCUUCAUGGAUGAAACUUCAUCACAGACUGAUAUGGAACGAAUGGAAAACCCUUUCCGAAAUUUACAUCCUAAAAUAUAUUACAGACAUAAAAACGCGGAACCCAAGAGAGCGAUCAUUGAUAACAAGAGGGAAAUUAAAAUGGACCUCAAAUCAAGACCCCUGUUGAGUGUAAAUGUAAAGACGGAUCAGUCAACUAAACACUCGAAUUUAUUUGAUGAUUGUUCAGCUGAAAAAGCAACGAGAAGAGAGCAACAUGACAAUUUUGCAAAGGGGCUUCUAAAUAAAGAAACGUACUUGAGAGACCAGGAUACUGCUGCAAACUUGAAUCAAAGAAACAGUUACUUGUCAGACGACUCAUAUAAUGGAGAGAAACUUGUCUUUCCAUUAAUUGUCUUCCCAAGCGCCGCAAAAGACAAUAGGCAAUUGACGACUGAUUUUGUACCUCCUAACAAAAGUAAUAAAGUACUCUUUCCGUCGAUAAAGGAAGUGCCAAGCUUUAUCCCGUUCGUACACGAGGAAGAAAAGAGGAAAGGAAGAAGAUGGCGCAAGAGAAAUAGAGUUGCCCAAACCGAGAGGGUCUGCGAACAGGGCGCCGAUGAAUCAUGGUUGAAUACCUAUGCUGCGUACCCUGGUAGUUCACCAGCAAGAGAAAACAUUGCUAGUCAAAUUAUCCAGCGAAAAUCGUCCAAUUUCAGUAGCACGAUGCCAGAUAUAUUCAGUUCGAGAAACUUAGUGACUUCACAAAGACAAUCUGCUUGGACGUAUCGUCACGCUCACGAUACUAAAGAAAGAGACUAUAUGAUAGUUAAGGCAAAAAUCCAUCGAUCAUCUUUCCUUUAAUUUCAUUGUUACUGAGAAAAAUGAUUAAACCUUGAUUUGAUUUCCCCUUUAAGUCGGUGGACAGACGAAUAGAAUGAAUAAAGUUCGUCAUCCAGGAACUGUA